AAAGUGUGCACAAUAAGAAGUGUUGUAAGAACAGGGAGUGUAAUGAGGAAAUAGGCUUUCAGUAAACAAUAAAGAAAGUGAUAGGGCCUGGGGUAAUACCUCCUGUACUUGGUGACCUUCCACAGAAAGCAAGUAUACUGUGGUUAUGCUGAAUUUAUGUUUUUAAAGGUAUUUAAAAUAUAAACUGACACGGUACUGGUAGAAUACUGCUUAAAUUUUUAUUUUUUCAAAUAGGUGCAUUCUUCCUCUCCCAUAUACAUGCAUUGCCAUUUUUGAGGACUGACACAACGCUGUAUAUUCUUAGAUUGAGACUGAGCAGGCCAGCAUGGGUACAGUUAUUUCAGAUCAUGAAAACGUUGAAAUGUCUUUGGAAAGUGCAUAUGCCUCUGAAAAGGAAGCUAAGAAAAAAAAAAUCAAGCGAAUGUAAAACAGUCGCCUGUGGACGCUGCCAGCGAGGUACAGAAAGCAGAAGUGUGAGAACAAGGGGGAAGCUCACCUGACAGGUAAAUCAAGAUAGAGAGAGUGAGGGAGACUACAGAAACACAGUCCAUCUGAGUCCCAGCUUCACUGUGACAGAAGAGCCAUCCCGGAGAGCAUGUGCGAACAGAAGAAUCUGGUGUUCGAGAGCUUUUUGAAGAAAAGGAAAGACCGAAUGAAAUUGACAUGGGCAACCUACUGGUUCAGGCUUCAAAACACCACCUUGUUCUUCUACACAAAGAAGAAACUUGAUGCCUCUCAUCUGAGAGGGCAGUACUACAUAUACAUGGUGCAAUCGGUGCGUGAAGUGAAAGCUGACGGCCAGCACCUGUUUGAAAUCACAAUGAAAAACGGGAAGAAGAAGCUGCUGUCUGCAGAGACGGAGGAACUCCGGGCACUGUGGAUAAAGUUCCUGUGGAAAGCCAUGCAGCUUCCAGGACCCGGGAGAACACAGUCUGCCUGCACAUGGCAUGACAUUCCUGAUCUGACGCAGAAAGCCGCUCUGAGCACGCAGAGCAGUUCCGAUGAAGACAGGCUGAGCUCUACCUCCUGCUCCUCGGACACUCCAGAGCCCCUCGCCCCCUCCAGCAGCUCACCUGCCACAGGAAACAGAAUGGACAGUGAAAGCAUCUGCGAUGUUCCGAAGAGUCUGUUAGAGCGCUCCACUGAAGAAAGCAGCAGCACCAACCACCCACACACACAAGCCCAGGCUAAUGACCCAUUCUAUGAUGGCGAUGGUGGCAUCUAUAACAUACCCACGUCUCGUUCAAUUCAUUUAACGUCAGAACAGCCCUUUACAGAUACCCAGUCAGCUAUUGAAGUCGUGCAGCUGUUGGAUGACAUUAAAUCAGGUUUAACCUUUUCCAGUGCAGGUUGGUUACAUGAAUAGCUGUGAAAGCUGACGAGUGAGAUCACAUGAUCAUACAGCAAGCAUGGUGUUCUGUCAUAAAACACAAACAGUGUGGCAACAACUAAAAUGAAUGAAGACUGAAUCAAAUGCAGAUGUGCCACGUGCUUCACAUUCAUAUGCUGUGACUGAUUCCUUGUGUUCUUGUGCACCAAAUAAUAAAAAAACACACUUUACAAAGGACUGUUGUUAUUGACAAGGGACAUCUCCUUUUGUAUUGAGAUGGAGAACAGGGAACUUGUUUCUGAAAGCACACACACAGGACUGUAACAAACACAGGUCUAAGAAAAUUCAUUAUAUUGGCACUUCCAUUUAGCUACACAUACACUCCCCAUAGUUUGCAAACAAAACUAAUGAUCUUGUUACACGGAUAAACUAUUAAAAAUGUACAGUAUGGACUGUAUGAGCUUCACUUGUGCAUUACUGAGCGCUUACCUAUAGAGUAUUAGCCAAUAUUCCCGUCAAUCAGCCAGCGUGUACAGUAGAUGAGGAGAAGAAUCCACCCGUCACUCCCUGGACUAGGUUAGUGACGUUACAUGCAAUCGUCCUUAUCAACACAAGGGGGAGCAAAAGUAAUACUCCAAUCACUGUUACAGUUGCUGAAACGCGGUAAGGAGGUUUGCAAGCUGGUAUUGCAUUGGACCAGUGGUUGCAGUAUUUCAUGAAGUACUUGGGCAGGGAGGGGGCAUACUGCUGUAUUAUUGUAAUAUAUUGUUUACAUUUGAACAACACAUUGAUCAUUAAUGAUUACGUAUUGCUUUAUUGAUGUAUAAAUAUACUCAUAUAUUGUUAAAAAUAAAUAUCAAUUCUAAUACCCACAUUUUAUUUUCCACACAAAAAAAGAAAGAUCUGGACAGCAAUGCAUAAUGUAUUGCAUUUCUUAAUGCUGUCUUUUGAGGAUGGGUUGUAUGGUUGCU